AUGGCUGGUUUAGUAUUAUCUAAUGACACAGAAGCAAAGAUCUCCGGUGAUUGCAAACGCGGUGGCUGCAUCACUUUUCCGUUCAUGAUAGCUACAUUGUUAGGUAUUUCAGUGACUUCUUAUGGAUGGGUACUGAACUUGAUUGUCUUCUUGAUCGAGGAAUAUAACAUCAAGAGCAUAGCUGCUGCUCAGAUUUCAAACAUUGUCAAUGGAUGUCUCAGCAUGUUGCCUGUUGUUACAGCCAUUCUCGCUGAUUCUUUCUUUGGAAACAUUCCUGUAAUCUCGGCUUCUGCUUUCAUUUCUCUGCUUGGCAUCUUUCUCUUGACUCUGAUCUCAUCUUUCGAAAACUUGAGACCUAGACCGUGUGAAACAGGCUCAAUCCUAUGCCAAUCGCCAUCAAAACUCCACCUCGGGGUCUUGUAUGCAGCGUUAGCUCUAGUGACUGCUGGAACUUCUGGGACACGGGUGGCUUUGGCAUCUGCUGGUGCAAACCAGUAUGAUAAACCUAGAGACAAAGGAAGCUUCUUCAACUGGUACUUCCUCACGGUAAAUACAGGCGCGAUUAUUAGCGCGACAGCAAUUGUAUAUACACAGGAGAAUGCUAGCUGGAGACUCGGGUUUGGUCUUUGUGCAGCUGCUAAUUUGAUCAGUUUCAUAGUUUUCAUUUCCGGGAAGAGAUUCUACAAGCAUGACAAACCAAUGGGAAGUCCCUUCACAAGCCUUAUCCGCGUCUUAGUCGCUGCUAUACUGAAAAUCAAGGUAGUGACCUCUUCCAAAGAAGAAGAUUAUCACCGGGAAGUUGAAAAAGAAUCCAAGACUUGUAUUGGAAUGCCUUCCAAGAGCUUCAGGUUUUUGAACCGUGCAGCAUUAAAGAGCGAAAAGGACUUAAAUCAAGAAGAUGGCUUAUGUCAUAACCCUUGGAGGUUAUGUUCUGUUGAGGAAGUAGAAGAUUUUAAAUCUGUUCUCAGAGUUCUUCCUCUAUGGUUAGCAAUCUUAUUCGUUGGAACUUCCAUUGGUGUCCAAGCAAGCAUGACGGUUCUCCAAGCUCUGGUAACAGACCGAGGACUCGACUCUAAAUUUAAAGUCCCGGCCGGGUCUCUACAAGUAAUAGUACUCAUCUCUUCAUGCGUCUUUCUCGUGCUCAAUAACUGGACUAUUUAUCCCAUCUAUCAGAAGAUAACUCAUAAACAGCUGACACCACUGCAACAAGUCGGUAUAGGCCAAGUUUUCAACAUCCUUAGCAUGGCAAUCUCCGCCAUCGUGGAAGCAAAAAGGCUGAAAACAGUUGAAAAUGAGCAUCCUAUGUCAGUGUUAUGGCUGUUACCACCUCUUGUGAUAGUUGGAAUUGGCGAUGCCUUUCAUUAUAUGGCGAAUGUUGCAGUGUUCUAUGGAGAGUUCCCUGAGUCUAUGAGGAACACAGCAACCUCUGUGACCUCGGUGGCGUUUGGAAUCUCCUUCUAUUUAAGUACAGCUCUAAUAAACUUGAUACAGAGGACCACCGCGUGGUUACCAGACGACAUUAACCACGGGAGAGUGGACAAUGUGUACUGGGUUUUGGUCAUUGGAGGUGUCUUGAACCUUGGCUAUUUCUUUGUCUGCUCUUGGUAUUUCACGUACAGAAAAAUCCAAGAUGAUAACAGACAAGAUCCUAAAGAUGUUACAAACUAA